AUGGGACCACCUCUUGGAACGUUCCUUGCAAAUGUUUUUGUGGGUAAAGUUGAAAAGACAAGAUUACAAGAUGCCAUUAAUGACCUCGUCUUCUACGAUCGGUACGUGGACGAUAUCUUCUGUCUGGCGGAUGGUACCACCGAUAUCGAGCACAUUGAUCAAAAGUUCAACAGCGCGCACCCCUCGCUAAAGUUCACUGCUGAGUCUGAGGCAGAUAACGAAAUUGCGUUUCUCGAUGUCCUUCUACACAGGCAGGAGGAUGGGUCUAUCCAGCGCAGGGUGUUCCGAAAGAAAACCUGGACGGGACAGUACAUUAAUUUCCACAGUUUUCUUCCCCUCAACAUCAAACGAAAUCUAGUCCAGUGAUUGGCAGCCAGAGUGAGGCGCAUCUGCUCACCUGAAGCUAUUGAAACAGAGCUCCAACACCUGCAGAACACACUUCGCGAGAACGGAUAUCCAGAUAGAUUUAUCGUCCGAAAUAUUGGGGAACGCAUUGCAAAGCCCACUGUUGCGACUGCAGAAAAGAAAGAUGUAUUCAUAAGAUUGCCUUUUGCAGGGUACGCAGCGAGCGAACUAGUCAGACGGCGCUUAACUACAGCUGUCACGAGAGCAUUCCCCGCGGCGAAUUUACGCGUAUGGUUCACAAACUCUCCCCUCCUACGUUUGGGAGAUAAAGACAGACUACCGUUGGAGGCCGCAUCAAUGUGCAUCUACUCAUUCACUUGCUCCUGUGGAGCAGGAUACAUCGGCCGUACAACGAAAGGCCUGGUAAGGAGGGUGCGUGAACAUAUGCCCGCCUGGCUAGGCAGAGGUGAGACCCGAUCGGUUUCGAGUUCUAUUCUUGCACAUUUAAUCGAUACGGAUCACCGAGUUGAUGCCAAGGAAGCAUUUCAGGUUGUCUAUCGGACACCAACAAGCUUCUCUAAAGGCCUACGCCAACGGAUACUAGCAACGGCCGAGGCAGUGGCAAUACGGCUAACGAAUCCGAUGCUAUGCUGUCAGAAAACCCUGACACAAGCGCUCUCUCUGCCGUGGCCAAAGCCAACCUCACGUGAUGACGACAUGCCGCCUCAAAUCCCUGAUUACGGUGAUGGGUACUACGUGUACUCAAACCAACAGCAUCACUCAAAAACUCGCUAACCCCCCUUUCCCAGCCCAAAGGACCAAAACCCGCCGACCUCGUCAUGCGGGCGGCGUGGGGAAGAUGAGUGUUAAUGACAUAAUUGAACUUGAAACACCUAUAAACACUGUUAAUUUUGUACACUUUCACUCCUUCAUGUAAUUGUAUUGGCCAGACGAAGAAUUACCGAAAACACGUGUUAGCCAACUUGACUUUUCAAGUGUAACAUGGGAAUAUUUGCGGAACUAUUCACUAUUUAUUAUUGAUCAGUACAGAUCGGUGUCACACUCUUGCCGACGGACCAUUUAAGGAAAAUAAAGUCACCUGCACGUAGGCACCAAGUGAAUACAAGUUGUUCUUCAAACGAAUUUCAUCCCCAGUAACACAAUGAAAAUGAUGGCAUGGGAACGUUUCUAGGUUUAAAUAAAUGGAUUUAAAAACCGAAUUUUACUUUCUAGUUUUUUAAAGCAAAUAAGUUUUAGUCGUCGCACUGAUGUGCGACAUAGUGCUCCACCAGAUUUUACGGCGUACCUUAUUGCGCCAAGUAGUUUCUAUCAGAGUUUAAUCCCUUUCGUAUCAAUGAGACAGGUACCACAGUGGCGAAAUACAUUAUAAUUGUCUUCUAUUGACUUCAUCCAUACCAUUUGAAUUCCUUCUGAUGCUAAGGAUAAAAAACUGCAUUUUGCGCUUUUCAGAAACUGAUCAGUUAUGCCUAUGGUCUACGACCUUCACAGUGGCAUUGACAACGUAAAUUAAGAGCCAUACAUUUCCCUGAUUACUAGGGAAUAAAAGGCAUGCGUUUAAGCUAAUUGGUUGAAUAAACAUUAUUCAUAUUUGGAAGUUUAUUGGACUAAUGCGUCAAAUCAGAGUCAGAGACAGAUAGGAAUAGUGGUAGGGCAAAAACUGCAGUGUUAUAGCGUGUAGGUGUUCAAGGCAUCAAUCCCAAUAACGGUAUAACCAGUCCGCCUUCGACUGAGAUGUUCUAUCCAUUUAUACGCAAACACUGUUCUCGCAUGCGUGAUAAUGCCAGAAAUCACCCUGAGAAGAAGCCGUGACAGCCUGAAACUCAGCCCCCUAAACCUCCACUGCGCACAAACACACAACUGAAAAACUGUGUGGAUUUUAUUGAGGCGUCGGUCGGCAGCCUUCACAGCUACGGCGCUUAUUGCCCCAUAAUGUCAGACUGGGAGCUCACGUGCAGCAGACAAAAUGCAGGGAUAAAGGGCCGAGAAGAUAACUGUCCAGUCGAGCGAGAGGGGGUAGAUUAAUCGCUUGCAUUACUCGGUGGUGGGUAAUAUUGUUGGGUGGUGCAGGUAUUUGUGGCUUAGGCAUAUUGAUGUGCUGUAGUCGGCGUUUGUCUAUCGCGGGUGUUAGUGAAUGCGCAUGUGGCCUGACAGGUCCAUGCGGCGGCCGAAUGCUCGAUAAUAGUGGGGCUGUUUGAGGUGAAUGCUCCCGAGAGUAGUUCCCCAGUCUUCGUGCUAUGCAUUUGCAAGCAAUCAACAAACCCAAUGUGUGGGGUUAAUGGGCGAUCAGAGUGAGGACCGGUAUGAACCGAGUCCAAAUGACUAGUGGCAAGUUUGAUAUCGGUGGAUGUGUGGGUGGUUUGCGAGGCAUAGAAAUCGCGGUGGAGGCUGACAGCGGUGCCAGAGGUUUUCGAUUUCGUUCCGAUAAUCGAGGCAAAGUUUAUGAAAGUGUUGGUGUCCAACGGCAGUUCCGUACGGAGAUUCGAUGCGUCAGUGGUGGAUCUUAGUCGACCGCCAUCUCCAGUAGAAGUGCGAGGAGAUACGCACCUAUCCGUACACUGCCUUCGUGGAUCUGAUGAAAGCCUUCGACACGGUGAAUCGUGAAGGACUGUGGACGAUCAUGAAGAAAUUCGGCUGUUCCGACAGAUUAACUCAGAAGGUGCGUCAGCCCACGGACAAAGAGACAGUCCAUAGGCAUUCUCACUGACAAACGGAGUGAAGCAGGGAUGCGUCCUGGCACUCAUUUUCUAAAAUAUAAUGUUCACUGCCAUGCUGAUAACCACCUACCGUGAUGGACGUCUGGGGAUCCGAAUCACCUACGGGACGGACGACCCCCUCCUCAAUCAACGGCGGAUGCACUUCCAAUCGCACGUGUCCACAACCACAGUUCACAAACGUCUCUUCGCCGUCGACUGCGCCCUCAACACCAUCUCGGAAGAGGACAUGCAAAGGAGAUGGACCUCUUCUUCACCGCCUGCGAGAAUUUCGGUCUGGCCAUUAACUCGGAGAAGACGGUGGUCAUGCAUCAAACGCCACCCAACACAGUCCGUCCCAACAGUGCGCUGCCGCUCACCGUGAGGGGAACCUAACUGCAGGUGGUGGAGGACUUCAGGCAUCAAGGCAGUAACUUUCUCCCAGCACGCAAAUUCACGACGAAGUGCCACGCCGGGUUUCGAAAGCCAGUCAAGCUUCGGCCGUCCUCAAAACACAGUUUGGAAUCGUCACGGUCUCCAGCUCAGCACGAAGCAGACGAUGUAAAAGGCCGUCAUCCUUUCGACACCUGUACAUGCAACAGAGCCUUAAACGGUGUACGGGAAGCAGGCACUUCGACUCAACCACUUCCACUUCACGUGCCUUCGCCGCUUACUGAAGUUUACGUGGCAGGACCGAAUCCCGGACCCUGAUGUAUUGAAACGGACAGGAACAGUCCGCCUCCACGCCAUGCUGAGACAACUGCAACUGCGAUGAAACGGCCAUCUUGUGACAGUUGGGCGAAGAGUGGCUACCCAAACGACCCUUCUAUGGAGAGAUCACCAUGGGUUCCCACCGCCAAGGAGGCCAAAUUCGUCGAUAGUUGGAUACUCACGAGUCCUCAUUGAAGCGCCUGCAAAUCACCUUCGGGUCAACUGUAGCACUCAGGGUGCACCAACCAUCGACACUCCGUCCUCGCCGUCUACGCCGUCUAAUAAUUCUGACCGCCUUCCUGAACCACCACUUCCAUCCUCCUCAUCCUCCCCAUCUUUCUCCACCGCUGCCACAAUUGCUGCCGUUUUGGCGCAUGCCACGCACGGUAACACUACACACAAUCCCGACACAACAACAACCACCAACACCACCUUCAUCGACACCAGGCGUAAGGAGCAGGACUACACAUGUCCUCAAUGCGACCGCACCCUCACCUCACACAACGGCCGGAUCGAUCACUUGCGAUACCAUCGCGCAGACGCUGUCGAACCAGUGCUUGAAGCGCCAACUUAA